GAUGGUGCUGCUCCACUGGUGUCUGCUGUGGCUCCUGUUACCACUCACCUCCAGGACCCAAAAGCUGCCCACCCGAGAUGAGGAGCUUUUUCAGAUGCAGAUCCGGGACAAGGCAUUUUUCCACGAUUCAUCUGUGAUUCCAGAUGGAGCUGAGAUCAGCAGUUACCUCUUUAAAGAUACACCUAGAAGGUACUUCUUCAUGGUUGAGGAAGAUAACACCCCAUUGUCUGUCACUGUGACACCCUGUGAUGCACCUUUGGAAUGGAAGCUUAGCCUCCAGGAGCUGCCUGAAGAGGCGAGUGCAGAAGGAUCAGGUGACCCAGAACCACUUGACCAGCAGAAGCAGCAGAUGACUGACAUGGAGGGCACAGAACUGUUCUCCUACAAGGGCAAUGACGUAGAGUAUUUUCUGUCUUCAAGUUCCCCAUCUGGUUUGUAUCAGUUGGAGCUUCUUUCAACAGAGAAAGACACACAUUUCAAAGUAUACGCCACCACCACUCCAGAAUCUGAUCAGCCAUACCCCGAAUUACCAUACGACCCCAGAGUCGAUGUGACCUCCCUUGGACGAACCACGAUCACUUUGGUCUGGAAGCCAAGUCCCACAGCCUCUGUGUUGAAACAACCCAUCGAGUACUGCGUGGUCAUCAACAAGGAGCACAAUUUCAAAAGCCUUUGUGCAGUGGAAACAAAGCUGAAUGGAGAUGAUGCCUUCAUGAUGGCACCCAAACCUGGUCUGGACUUCAGCCCCUUUGACUUCGCCCAUUUUGGAUUUCCAAUAGAUAAUUUGGGUAAAGAUCGCAGCUUCCAGGCAAAGCCUUCUCCCAAAGUGGGGCGCCACGUCUACCGGAAGCCCAAGGUUGACAUUCAGAAAAUCUGCAUAGGAAAUAAAAACAUUUUCACAGUCUCUGACUUGAAGCCGGACACCCAGUACUACUUUGAUGUCUUCGUGGUCAAUACCAACAGCAACCUAAGCACGGCUUAUGUGGGUACUUUUGCCAAGACCAAGGAGGAAGCGAAACAGAAGACAGUGGAGCUAAAAGAUGGGAGGGUCACAGAUGUGUUUGUUAAAAGGAAGAAAACCAAGUUUCUGCGAUUUGCUCCAGUCUCCUCUCACCAAAAAGCCAGCUUCUUCAUUCACUCUUGUCUGGAUGCUGUUCAAGUCCAAGUGAGACGAGAUGGGAAGCUGCUUCUGUCCCAGAAUGUGGCAGGCAUUCGGCAGUUCCAGCUAAGAGGAAAACCCAAAGCAAAAUACCUCAUUCGACUGAAAGGCAGCAAGAAAGGAGCAUCUAUGUUGAAAAUACUGGCCACCACUAAGCCCAGUAAACAGGCUUUCCCCUCUCUUCCACAAGAUACAAGAAUCAAAGCCUUUGACAAGCUACGCACCUGCUCUUCAGUCACCGUGGCUUGGCUAGGCACUCAAGAAAGGAGAAAGUUUUGUAUCUACAGAAAAGAAGUGGAUGGGAACUACAACGAAGACCAGAAGAGAAGAGAGCAAAACCGGUGUCUGGGACCAGACACCAGGAAGAAGUCAGAGAAGGUCCUCUGCAAGUAUUUCCACAGCCAAAACCUGCGGAAAGCAGUGACCACAGAGACAAUCAAAGAUCUGCAGCCUGGCAAGUCUUACCUGCUAGAUGUUUAUGUUGUAGGACAUGGGGGGCACUCUGUGAAGUAUCAGAGUAAAGUUGUGAAAACAAGGAAGAUCUGUUAGUUACCUUGAGUGAAGAUGUGGAGGACUCCAGGAGAGACACAGAAUCACUUUGUAAACUGACUACUCUCAUGGCGGACCAAAGUUGUGACCUGUGCUUGAAAGGAAGGAUACCACCAAGUGUACAUUGAUGUCUGUGUAAUGUAACCUGGAGACUUGUACUCGCACAUACUUGUGGUACUUAGGGUCCAUCUGUCUGAUACUGGUUGAUGUCAAAGGAAGAGGGUAUCUUGAUGGAUAUCACACCUUGCUUUGAGCAUUGCAUGAACUGUUUCUAAAUUAUUUUAUUACCUAAAAAUUUAAAAAUAUGCCAUUUGUUGCACACAUCCACAAAUGCAAAUCAUUCCUCUCUGUAGAUGCUAGGGGAAAAUAUAUAAAUAUAUAUAUAUAUAUAUAAAUUAUUUUAUAAAUUCUGUUUUAAAUGUUGGUAUUUCUAUUAUUGUAAGCUAUUAAAUUCUUUCUCAGUUGUAGAUCUAAUCUAAGAUCACAUUGCCCUCUAGGCAGUAAUAUUGUUGUUGUAAAUUCUUAUUUGUUCAGUAAAAUGGUUAAAUGCUGUAUGUAUCUCAUGUAAAAAGUUGAUAUACAUUAUAUUUAUGUACAUAAAAUUAAGAAUAUUAGAUUAUUACACUGUUCAUUUUCCCAAGCAGUACUGUGGUGUAUUCAAUUUCUUACCUGUCCCUAAAACUGUGCUUUUCUGUAAACUGGCACCAAAAUCUACUAUUACUUAGUAGCUAGGAUAGAAUAUUGCUUCUCUUGACCUUUAUUGGCAUCAAGAGACAAAUUGUUAUUCAAAUCUGGAUUUGGGCACCAAGUGCAAGCCAGCCUCUGUGGGAGCUGAAGAACCAUAACAGAUCUGUUGGAGAAUAGGCGAGCCAAAUACUCUCAGCCUGAUAAUCAUUUUAAACACUUAUUUUAAGUGCCAAAGUAGAGAUAUUAUAAGUAUUCCAUUUGCUUAAAUAUUUGCGGAUCUUUUAAACUACUGGUUGAAGCAACUGAGAACAUUUUGAUCAGGACUUUGGUCCAUCAGAACACGACCAUUACAGCUGCUGUUUAAAACAUUCACAAACCACUGCUGCCGUUAAUUUUGAGUUUUCAUCUUGUUCUUGUCUUUAAAGGUAAUUGAAGUGAGAGACACAAGUCUAGCAGAUAACAGCUGCAGCCUCUACCAGGACAGCAUGAGGGAAGUUUUAUCCUCUGUAGGUUUUACUUAUAAAUACCAAGACAUCAUGAGACCACAAGACCAAGACUCAGAAAUACCUGUCAUUUUUAAUCACCAAAAACAAUAUGCCUGCAGGAGAAUCUGUUGCUGCCCACCAUCCCCCUUCCCCAUUUAUAAAGUUGAAGCGGUAGUAGAUGUGGCUGCAGUUACUCUGUUAGAUGCCUUCUGUCAGAAGAAGUUGCUAUUUGUAAAACUUGGGCUCUGUGUCCUUACAUUCUACAGCUACAGUGGGGGACAGGCACACCCGUUACUCUCUCUUUGCUGUCUGCUGCAUGCCAGCCCAGCCUUUGCUAGGGAGAGUUCACAGGCAGCAUUGCUAUAGAGUAGAGGAAUACAGUGGCUGAGAUGCAGCUAUUCCCUGUGACAUGUGCUCUGCUUUCCUAAGAGUAAUGACAGUUAUGACAGACCCUCUAACUCCUCUGCAGAAACUUUCCUGCAAAUAUGUUUCAUCCCUAUAAGGCAGGAAUGAUACCUGAGAUAAUUUUUUGAUAGCAGAAGACUGUGUACCCAAUGCUUUGUUUAAGCAACUGCCAAACAAGGAGAGACUGACAUUUAACACCCAGAGAAAAUAUAUUUAGUUGUAAACGUGGGAGAAACCAUUUCCUAAUGUUGCUGAGUGACUUGUAAGUGGGACUAUAGUGGACCAGCUUCACUGAAGCUUUGACUGUCUGGGCUCUUGGGUGCUACCUAACAACCAUGAGCUUAGAGCCAGACUGAGCUGAUCUAACCCAAGUUGGCUUUUCCGCUAGCUGUGAUGAUGGUGGUUUCUUCAUAUUCUGGACAAAUACAGGGAUCCUUUCAUGGCCCUAGAAAAAUUUGCCUUUUAAACUAAGGAAAAUGAUACAGCCAUCAUGAAAUGUCUACUGCUUAUAACAAAGGGGAAUCCAUGGCAAUCAUAACCUACUACUGAUGUGCCAAUAUUUCAAGAACACCCGGGUAAGAUCAGGGACAAGAAAGAAAGACUCAUUCACAUUAACAAAAGAACUAUAACCUUGUUAGUGUGAAUGAAAACCCAGGCCUAUGUUAAUCUCCAAGUGAACAAUAGAUACUGAGGGAGGGGGAGAAACACAAUGCUGUGUGUAGAUGGAUUUGAAAAGAGAGGAUUUUGAGGUAUUUAGCUCAUUAUCUUUACUUUUCAGGUGCAAUGACAGAGAGAGAACAGAAUGCUUUUAAAACAAGAGAAAUGAAAAUAGAUAAGCUUUGCCGAGGUGUAGUGGUACACUCUUUUAAUCCCAGCAUGCAGAAGACAGAGGCAGUAUGAGCUCU